AUGACGACGACUCCGACGACGACGGCGUGCGGCUGCUCGAGGCCCGCGCGCUGGGCGCUCCUCCUCCUCGCCGUCGCCCUUCUCGUCGUCGUCGUGUACUACGAGCCGAACGAGCGCGACUACCUCUUCUGCGGCCGUCGGUGUCGCGAGCGAAGAAGGCGAGACGACGACGACGCGACGACGACGACGACGACCGCGGAGACGACGCGACCGGUGCCGCCCGCGCGCACGACGCCGCGCGUCGUCGCAUUCGCCGCAAACGCCGCCGACGACGCCGAGCUCGAGGCCGUCGCGCGCCGCCGCGGUCGCCGCCUCGCGCAGUUCACGGACGUCGGGAACGUCCUCGACACCGGCUACGGAGGGUUCCCGAACGCGCUCUAUCGAGGCUGGAACCCGUUGCAGACGUUCCCGACGAGCUGCUUCACGAUCGGUCUUAUGAACCCGCUGUACCUCGCGCAGUGCUUCGCGUUCACGACGAGCUUUUAG